UCUGAAUAGUACUGCCCCACCUGCCCUUUCUCCACAGAACCAUCGUAUCCUCUCUCUCUCUCUCUCUCUCAUGGAACUCAGCACACCUUUCUCUCUCUACCCUGUCAGCUGCAGUUGCUUCUCUCCACUCUCCACUGCCAAACCAAAGCCCCCGCCCGAAGUCCCUCUGAUUCCUUCAGCUAAUUGGGUCUUCCAACACUGUAUCUGUGGCAGAGCUAUUGUUUUAGCUGGUAGAUGGAGAGAAAGAUACCUUUAAGUUUCAGUCCGAAGCUGCAGAUUGAUUCGAUGUGAUCUGCUUGGGAAAUCCUCCAAUUUCCUGAUGGCUUCAAAAGCUACUCCUAAAUCAUCAGAAGAUCAACAGUGCAAAGCAACCAAUCCAAAGCGAAAUGGUCCCGGUCCUAUGCCCAAAAAAGUUUUGAAUGCAAGCAAAUCCAAACUUGUUGAACCUCCAGCCAGUAUUAUAAACAAGCCAAGCUCUUCCUCUUCUGCCGCUGAAAAUAGAGCCUCAUUGGAGGGCUCGAGUUCAGUUUUGGAUUCUGUCGAUCAAGACAAGGAUAUAUCGGGAAAUGAAAGUUUCAAGGACAGCUCAGUCUCAAGAAAGACCAACGAUCGGGUUGAUUUCGUUGAGAGUGGGAAGAGCAGCAUAUGUAGGGGAAGCACGGGCAGCGAUGUGAGUGAUGAGAGUAGCUGCAGUAGUUUCAGCAGCAAUAUCAGCAAGCCCCAUAAAGUGAACGACCUUCGAUGGGAGGGAAUAAGAGUGGUCCUAUCAAAGAAUGGGGCAUUAGGUUUAACCCACUUCAGGCUCCUCAAGCGACUGGGCUGUGGAGAUAUUGGGAGUGUCUACUUGUCUGAGCUGAGUGGCACUCGAUGCUACUUUGCGAUGAAGGUGAUGGAUGAGGCAUCAUUCGCAAGCCGAAAGAAGUUGCUGCGGGCACAGACGGAAAGGGAGAUUCUGCAGUUACUGGACCAUCCCUUCCUCCCGAUCCUAUAUACCAACUUUGAGAUCGACAAAUUCUCUUGCUUGGUGAUGGAGUUUUGUCCUGGAGGAGACUGACACACGCUUAGGCAGAGGCAGCCUGGGAAGCAUUUCACUGAGCAGGCUGUGAAGCAAGUCUAAUUUCUCCUUAGACUUCAAUUUUAUACUUUAGUUUGAUUUUUUCUUGCAUCCUGCUAAUACAAGCUGAUAGCACAAGUUAGAUUUUCUUGAUAGAACUUGGGGCAAAUAUAUAUUAAGCUUUUAGGAUAGUAUGUACAAAGUAUUUAGGUUAUUUCUGCUUUGAUUGCCAUUACAUAUUCUGUUUUGAUUCUUCUCAUUCCACUCUAACUAGUGCGGUGGAUUUGGAAGGGUUGCCAAAUCCGUUUACAUCAUUCAAGACUUCUCAUCGGUGGUAUAUUGGGCAAAUUACUCAACUGGGAGGAUGGAAAAUAAGCUCAGUCAAUUUUGUACCCUCAUGAUUUCGCCAUCUUAAUGGCAUCUUUGUUGAACUCUCCAAAAAGAGUCACCUCCUAAUUUAGUGAACCUGUUGCAUCGUUUAUCUUUUCUCUUGAUAUCGUACUAUACUUUCCCAUGUACAUGAGCCAAUGUACUGUCUAUUUCCAAAACUUUAAGAGAGAACCUGGAUGCCUGCACAUGUUAAGCUUAAGCAAUAAUCAUUUAAUUUCUGGGAAAUAGAAUAGGCGGGAAAUCAUGCUUUUGUCUUUUUAUAUCAUGCGGUAGCUUUUACUUAAAUGUAAGCGAUUAAUUCAUAGGAAUUUUAACUUGUCUUCUCUUGGAAGCUCAUGAAAAAUGAACCUGAGGAUGUUAUUACUCAUUCUAUCUUCGUAGUUCAUUAGUUAUUCUCUAUGACUCUGUUGAAUGCAACAAUUUAUGUUUACUGGGUAGUCUCAGGAUAAUUCUUACAAAAUUCUUUUACCAUUUUCAUCGCACAAACAUCUGCAGAAUGUCGUUUCUGUUGAAUAUCAGGAGGGUAACCUGGGAAAGCUGAUUUUUGCUCUGCAAACUAAUAAAGUCUUGGUGCCCUUCUAUUUCAAAACUCACAGAUUUUACGUAGCAUAGGUCUUAUUGGCCCUCGAGUACCUCCACAUGCUUGGGAUCAUCUACCGUGAUCUUAAGCCUGAGAAUGUCCUUGUUAGAGAAGAUGGCCGCAUAAUGCUCUCAGACUUUGAUCUCUCCCUCAGAUGCACCGUAAGCCCGACCCUUAUCAAGACCUCAAGCAGUGAGCCAGAUUCAAAUAGGAAGAACGAUCCAGUCUACUGUGCCCAGCCAGCCUGCAUCAAGCCAUCAUGCAUACAGCCGUCAUGUGUUGGCCCCAUGACCUACUUUGCCCCUCGUCUCUUCUCCAGCAAGUCCAGGAAAGAACGGAAGCCCAGGAACGAGAUCGGGAAUCAAGUCACCCCACUGCCUGAGCUCAUCGCGGAGCCCAUCGAUGCCCCGUCCAUGUCUUUCGUUGGGACUCAUGAGUAUCUGGCUCCUGAGAUCAUCAAGGGCGAGGGCUAUGGGAGCGCUGUGGACUGGUGGACCUUCAGGAUAUUUCUAUAUGAGUUGCUCUUCGGGCGGACCCCAUUUAAGGGGUCGGGCAACCGGGUGACACUGUUCAACGUUGUCGGGCAGCCCCUGAGGUUUCCUGACUCACCCAUGGUCAGCUUUGCAGCCAGGGAUUUGAUACGAAGGCUUUUGGUGAAGGAACCCCAGAACAGACUGGCGUAUAAGCAGGGAGCCACCGAGAUCAAGCAGCAUCCCUUUUUCGAAGGUGUGAACUGGGCUCUUAUCUGGUGUGCCACCCCACAUGAUGUCCCGAAGCCAGUUGAGAUAGAACGUAUUCCCGUGCCAUCGCCAGCCAAUGAGAAAGCUGUCUGUCCCGCUGCGGUCCGUCCUGAUAAAAAAGGUUCUGACAAUUAUUUAGAGUUUGAUUUCUUUUGGGGACAUCAAGUUAAAUAUUAUUUCGGUUCUUUUUUCUUCCAAUUUCUGUUUUAAUUGAGGAGGGGAAAUCAUUUUGGUAGACGUGGUGCUGGGCUUUGUAGUGAUGUAGAGUGAUGAAAUUCCUGUGAUUGACAAUGCAAGUGAUGAGGAACUGGAUGAUUUGUUGCCUUUCCCCUUGAACAGCCUCAAAAAUCUGUAUUAUGUUUGUUAGUGACAAUCCCUCCCAGGUGUAUUGAUAUU